AUGGGCCGCCAAAAAGCAGUUGCUAAGGAUCUUUUGGCCAAUAUUCCUGAUUCAGUUGAUGCCCAAUCAGCGCCAACCCAGCCAAAGCCGAAGACAAAAAGGAUCAAGAAAGCUCAGCCAAAGGCAAUCCAGCAUGCUCAUUCAUUCUCAGUACAAUCUUUUGAGAACCAGAAUGAGCUGGCCGACAAGAAGAGGGAGACCUUGGAGGAUCAAGCCGAGGCUACUAUCAAAGCUCAAAAUGACGCUGAAGAAAAGGCGGAAUCCGCUGAGGCCAUCAGGAAGGUUCUCGAGGCCCAGAAAAAAGAGGCCGAGGAAAAGAUGUCCCAGGCCCAGAAAGAACUUCAGGAUGCCCUAGCCACAAAAGAGGCUGAAGUCAAGGCCGCCGAUGAGAAGGGCUAUAACGAGGGGGUAGCCGAUGUCGCGGCAGACUAUGAAAAGCAAGUGAAGUAG